AUGGCUUCAGGCAUAACUAAACUGGUUGUUGGACAUCCCUUCGAUACUGUCAAAAUUCGUAUGCAAACAACAAGUAAAUCAGACGGCCGAUUUAAUGGACCAUUGGAUUGUUUCUUAAAAACUGUCAGAAAUGAAGGAAUAAGAGGUGUCUAUAAAGGAGCUACUCCGCCUCUUGUUGGUUUGUUGCCUACCAUGUUAUUUCGUAGUUGGUUCUUUGUUUUCUGGAGUUCAUACGAAGUAUUUUCGCGCGAAUUGAAAAAAAAGAACCUAAGUGACGGAACAGUGUCAUUUAUUGCUGGUGGUCUAAGUGCUACUGCAUUUUGGAUUGGCGCUUUUCCUUCAGACGUGGUGAAAAACCGCUACAUGACACAACCUGAUGUGCAUCCCAAGAAGUUCCCUACACCCUCAGCAGUGGCUCGCUAUUUAUACCGAACAGAAGGAUUAGCUGGUUUUUAUAGAGGCUUUUUGCCUUCAUUUUUGCGCGCAUUCCCUACUAAUGCUUCUGCUGUCUUUAUACUUUUAUUUGCUGUUCCUAAAAAAGGCCGUCUAUAUGAACAAUGUAUGCAGCUUUUAACAGGCUCGGAUAUCCACUUCAAUCGUCGUUCACGUCAAGAUAUUGCCCUCAGUACCAACUUGCCUAUUGCUCUCAUCUUUUUGCCUGCUGCUGAUAUCCCUAAAUAUGUUGCUGAAGGUAAUGUUGACUUGGGUAUCUCUGGUCAAGACAUGAUUGUCGAAAACGAGGUAGAGGAUAAAGUAACAGAGAUUAUGGAACUCGGUUUUGGUAAAUGUCGUUUGUGUGUUCAAGUGCCUGUCAAGGGUCCUUUUACCAACAUUGAGGAAUUGGCUGGUAAGCGUAUUGUGACCAGUUUUGAUGCUUUUGCCAGAAAGGUAUUUGAACCCAUUGAUGAAGCCAAGGGUACCAAGACAAUCAUUAACUAUGUCUCUGGAUCCGUUGAAGCUGCUUGUGCUCUAGGUCUAGCUGACGGUAUCAUUGAUCUUGUAGAAUCUGGUGAAACAAUGCGUGCAGCUGGUCUUCACGACAUUCAUACUUUGUUAGACACUCAAUCUGUCUUGAUGAGUAACAAGAACUCACAGUAUCAGGAUUUGAUCGAUAAGAUUACAUCACGUAUCCGUGGUGUCAUCACUGCCAACAAAUAUGUCUUGUGUACCUACAACGUUGAACGCGACAAUUUGGCUCGCGCUGUUCAAAUCACACCUGGUCGUCAAGGCCCCACUGUCUCUUCCUUGGACUCUCACGAAGGUUGGGUCGCUGUCUCUGCCAUGAUUGAAAAGAAGAGUAAGGGUGAAGUUAUGGAUCGCUUGUCUGAAGUAGGUGCCACUGACAUCUUGGUCAUGGCAUUUACAAACUGCAGAGUCUAA